AUGGCGACAACACGCGCCCUCCGCCCGUCCACGGGCCUGCGAACCCUCUCUAGACACAUCAAUGCCACUCGCCUUCAGCGCCGUACCUUCGCCCUGACGGCCCAGCGUCGCGAAGCCCCCCCAUCCAACGACCCUACCAAGACAACUCACUUUGGCUAUGAAACCGUCCUCGAGUCCGAAAAGGCCGAUCGAGUCGCUGGCGUCUUCCACAGCGUGGCCGACUCCUAUGAUCGCAUGAACGACAUGAUGUCCUUUGCCUGGCACAGGAUAUGGAACCAACGCCGAGCGGCUGCCCGACGGUGCCGUCCCCGACAACUCGGUCGACUCUACACCGUCGCCUUUGGCAUCCGCAACUUCACCAACAUCCCCGCCGCCCUCGCCGAGGCCCGGCGCGUCCUCAAGCCCGGCGGCGUCUUUGCCUGCCUCGAGUUCAGCAAGGUCGACAAGCACCCGCUGCUCAACUUUGCCUACAAGCGCUGGAGCUUCUCCGCCAUUCCCCUCAUCGGCCAGCUCGUCGCCGGCGACCGCGACAGCUACCAGUACCUCGUCGAGAGCAUAGAGCGCUUCCCCUCCCAGGAGGAGUUCCGCGACAUGAUUGUCGCCGCCGGCUUCGAGGUGGCCGGCGACGGCUACGAGGACCUCACGGGCGGCAUUGCUGCCAUUCACAAGGGCAUGAAGCCGCUCUGA